UCUGGCUACCCCCUUCGCCUCCCCCACCCCCCUCCCGCCCAGAGUUCGUCGGGCCAGUCGGGGCAGCGCCCUGGGCCGGUCCCCCCGCCCCAGUCAGCCUUUCCCCCUUCCCCCCUCCCACGGGGCGUCCUUAGCCGCGGGCGCCCCGCGCACCAGACCCACCCCCCACCUCCCCCGACCAUGGGUAGCCAGAGCUCGAAAGCGCCCCGGGGCGACGUGAGCGCCGACGAGGUAGCCCCCGCCAAGGCCAACGGACAGGAGAACGGCCAUGUGAAGAGCAAUGGAGACGUGCCCCCCAAGGCCGAGGCCGAGGCCGAGGCGACCCCCCCGGGUCCCGCCGAGUCCACCGACGCUGCCAGGGCCAGCGGCGACGCCAUCGAGUCCACGAGCCCUGCGGCACAGAGCCCAAGCGGCGAGGCCAAGGCUGAGGGGCCGCCCAAGGAGACGCCCAAGAAGAAAAAGAAAUUCUCCUUCAAGAAGCCCUUUAAGCUGAGCGGCCUGUCCUUCAAGCGGAACCGGAAGGAGGCGGGGGGCGAUUCAGCCGGCUCCUCGCCCACUGAGGACGGGGUCGCCGAGGCUGAGGCUCCGGGUAGCCAGGGGUCCCUGCAGGAGGCCGCGGAGGAGGCAGCCGCUGGCGCCGAAGUCGCAACAGCCCCGGCCCAGGGGGACCAGGCAGACAACAGAAAGUUGGAGGAGCCGGCCCCCCAGGCGGCCGCCGAGGGCACCCCAGCCCCGGAGCAGAGCCCCACGCCAGGCGGGGAGCAGAAAGAGUAGCCCUCCAUCUACCCCAUAACCCCACCCCGGGAGAGGGGCAGGUGGGCAUCUCCCGAGUUCAAAGACUGUGCACCCCCACCGCUGGGUCAGCCACUCGACCUGGUGCCCGGCCUGCCUCCCGAGUUCAGCUCAGAUCUCUAGGCAGAGCUGCCCCCCCCCCCCUGCCCCUGCUCCUGGACUGUCUCUCGUCCCCUCCAGCAUUCCCUCUUCCCUAUCCAGUCCCUCCCCCUCGCUCCUCCGCAGUCCCUUGUUAGUUUAGUGGAGUGAGAUGCUCAGACCAGCCCCAGCUCCAGGCCCUGCUCCUACCCCUUUCACUGGUGAGCCCUUCUCUUUCUUCCCCAAUAGGUUUGCUGUCGCUCUUCUCAGUCCCUGAGGCUGAAGUGGGGUGUUUGGCCAUCUUCCCUCAGCCCUUGAGGGCUGGGCUCAUUGGAAGGAUUUUGUGCUGGCCCCUGCCAGCCCCGCUGGUUUGGAAGGGAAGCUAACUUGGUUGGGUUUUUAUAAAUGUCUUGCUCAGUUUCAAACUCCAGCUUUGUGCGCCUGCUGUGUGUUCCUUUUGACUUUGUAGGGGAGCUGAAGGGUUCUGGGGGGAGGGGGAUCUGUAUAAUGUGAAGCAACUUAUUGUUUUGUCUCAUUUUUCUUCAUUUGUAAAUAAUUUUUAAUGGCCAAACUAAACUUGUGACUUUUUCUAACUGCUAAAACCAACCUCCCAUCUGGGGUUUUAACUGUAACAUUUGGAAAAGGAAUAAAUGUCAGGCCCUGUUGUGACGA